AUGGAUUCGUCCAUAAAAACACCAUCUUCUACGAAUUCACAAAAUCCGUCGACAUCAUUGACAACUCCAAAAUCAGCUGAUUCGAUAAGUGUCAAAGUUGUAAGUUCCUGUAAUUUUGGUUUAUUCUAUUUCAAAAAUAAUUUUAACAGAAACCCGUUAUUUACAAAAGUUCAACUCUCAAACUUUCAAUAUCUCCAAAUCAACAAUUUUUAUAUGGUGUUAUAUUACGAAUAAUCAAAACAGUAUAUGCUUCAAGAAUUCCACAAAUAACAUCAGCAUUGCCUGAAGAUUGGGAGAAAAUCAAAGAAAACGAUGUAAAAAGAAUAGGAGAAUUGAUAAGUUGUUAUAACAAAGGAGCAAAAGCAUAUAAUAAAAUAUGGGAUGCAGUUGAAAAUCGAAGAAUGUUAGGAGAAUGGGCUUUGCCAUUUUGUACACAACAAAUUGCUGCUCAAAUUACAAAUUGGGCAUAUGAUUGGUUAGUUUAUUUAAUUAUUUAUUAUUUCAAAAUUAAUGGAAUAUUUUUGCAGUGCUGUUUCAACCCCAUCAAUUUUAAAUAGCCAUUACAAAUCAUUUUCAUCUGAAACAUAUGGAGAAACUAAUCUUGAACAAAUAACAAGUAUAUUAAAUGAGCUUCAACUUGGACCUGAUGAUGUUUUUGUUGAUUUGGGAAGUGGUGUUGGUCAUCUUGUUGUUUAUACAGCCGCUUUCACAAAAAUAAAGAAAGCUGUUGGAAUUGAAUUAUCAUCUGUUCCAGCAAAUCAUGCACAAGAUCUUCAACAUUAUUAUAAGAAAAUUAUGGCACAUUUUGGAAAAUCUUAUUCACCUUUUGAAUUGCACAAUGGAGAUUUUUUGGAUCCCAAAUUCCGCGAUUUGAUAACCAAAGAAGCAACUGUUAUUUUCAUCAACAAUUAUGUAUUUAGCCCGGAUUUAUUAGUCAAAAUAUCGGAUGAAUUAAUUUCGGAAUUGAAUGACAAUGUUAGAAUUGUAACAACAAAAGAAAUGGGUGUAUUAAAACGUGAAGUGAAUGAUCGAACUUCUCGAGGUAAUUUCUAGAUAUUUUUAAAUCAAUUGUUUGUUAUAUAUAUAUAUUUUAGUUGUUAGAGAAAUGUUUUUCUAUCCAUUUUUAUAGAGAACGUCGGCAGCACAACGAAAGCCAAAACAGGCACGUUUAUCUGUCUUAUUCUCCUAUUAGAAUUAACUCAGUUAUUAUUUAUUUCUGUGUAGUUGAACAAAAUUUUCAAAUCGAAUCAAUUGAAAAUUUUGUUGUUAGAAUAGUUGGCCAGAAUUCAAAAAAGAGAAGAGAGUUAUCAUGUGCAAAAUAAUAUUUAUUUUUUAUUCAAAGAUUUUUCGAUUUCACUCUUCUCUUUUUCUAUGUUCACAGCAGCUUCUAUCCUGUUUUCAGCAUGCACACUGUUUUAUCAAAUGUUCGAACAAAUUUUAAGAUUUAAUCAUUUCAGAUAUAUCAUCAAUUCUUGAAAUGCGACAAAUGAAAUCAGUAUCAAAUGGUGUUUCUUGGACAGCAAAUGUUGUCAAAUUUUGGCUUCACACUGUUGACAAAUCGAAGGUUUGUCUUAAUUUUCUUGUUUAAAAAUCUCUAACAGAAUGUAAUAUGGUUAAGCCUAACAAAAUCUCACAACUCAUUUUUUCAGGUGUUCAAGUUUUUUGAACGAAAAGCAAACCGACCAAAAGGAAAAGAUUCGAAAUCAGUUUCUUCGUCUUCAAGUCGCGAAAGUUCGCAAAUGAAAGAAAAAGAUCCGAAAAGAAAGGAAAAAGAAGGAUCAAGUGAUAGUUCAUCAUCCUCAGCUAUUAAAAUGGUAUGUUUAAUUUAUUUUUUGAAAACAAUUCCAAUCAGUUUUUGAUUUUCAGGAAUUUUCCACACCAAAAGAAGAAAAAAUCAAUUUGAAAAGACUUGCACCAGUGAAAGAUGAUCAGUCAAUAAAUGAAACAACUCCGAGAGCAAAAAGUGAAAUUAAAGAUGAAUAUGAUGAUGAUAAAUACUUUUUCGGAAGAACUACAAGAAGAAUGUGGAAAGCACAAGUUGGAGGAUAUUCGGAUAAUAAAAAGGUUGGUAUUUGAGGAGGGGGAGAUUGAAUACAUUUAUUUUUGAAUGGAACUUACCUCUUUUUUGAAUCAGCUUUCAUUAAGGACAAAAUAUUUUUCAAUAACUAUUUUUUUACCAAAAAAAUUUAAUUAUCUUGUCACAAUUUUGUUCCUCUCAGUGCCCAUGUAUUCGAAAUAUGGUUUUAUGUGUUUAAAAUAACAUUUCGUUCUUAAAAAAAGCACUUUUUUCUCAACUGUUUUCUCAUAGAAAGAAUUUUCAGCCGGAUCCAGCGCCUUCUCCAAAAUAUACGGAUGCUGAAUAUACACCAGUCACCAAAAAACCAAAGAAGCAAAAAGAAUUGACUGAAAAGAAACCAAAAAAGGAGAAGCCGUUAUCAACACCUAAACAUGCUAAACAUUCGGCGACAGUUUCAACACCUCAAACUGUUAUGAAAUCACCGAUACAAAAAACUACACCAGUUUUACCACCAUCAAUAAUUCCAACAAUAUCAUCAAAUCAUAAACAAUUGUCAUCACCAAUAAAAGAUGCAAAAAUUGAUGGUGAGUUAUAUUAUCGAUUUAAAUUGAUUAUUGAUUUCUUUAAAAAUUAAGCGAAAUACGCUUUCUAGAAAAUUUUAUAUAAGUUCUAAUAUCUAAUAUCUUUUUUAAUUUAAUAGUUUUAUUUGCAUGAUUUCACGUUUUUUGUCUUAAUAUAUAGUUCUGUGAAUAAGUUAUAAUAAAAUCAGUUAAGUUAAUAAUCGCAUGUUUAUUUAUCAUAGAUCAAGAAUAUUUUUAUCACAAAUUAUUUUGAAAAAGAAAGACACACCUUUCAAUUUGUACUUGUUUUUUUCUCGCUGUCUACGAUCUUUUAUAUCUUAAAAAAGAAACGCUUUUCUCUGAAAAAGUAUAUUUCUAACAAUUUCAUUCAUCUCAUUUUUGUUGUUGUUUCCUUUAUAUUUUUUCAGUUUGUGUUUUUUUUCGUUCGUUUUGUUUCUGCUCGCUGCCUCGUCUCGUCUCUCCACUGUUUCAUGUCCAUUCUAUAAUUUGUCUAACCAUCAAACCUCUCAUCGAUUUGUGUUGACAAUCAGAAAAACGAAUGAAACGGGAAAAAACUGUUGCUGAUGGAAAUAUAUAUAUGUGUGUUUAUAUAUAUUGAUGAAAGCGAACGGAAAUCCAUUGAAGCCUUUUUUGAAUUGCUUGUCUUGCUCAUGCCUGAUUUGCACCCCAAUUUAUUUUCAGUUUUUAUUUGCACCUUUUUGUCUGAAAAAUGAGAGAAAAACAGUGAAUUUUUACAGCAGAUACUAUGAAUGUUAUAAAUCAACUACAUGAAAAAACAGUUACAUUGACACAACAAAAACAUUCAGUGCACGAUGAAUUGGCUAGAGGAGAAUUGGUCAGUUUUUCCUUUUUUUUUCUCUGAAAAACAGUUGUCAUAAAAUAAUUCUGGUAGAGAAACAGUUUUUCAACAAAAAUUAGAUUCAGAAAACAUUUUCCAAACAGAAAAAAAUUCACGAAAAUAAAUAAGCCUUUGACAUUUCCUGAAUCUAACCUCUAUCUGAAUUUUGAAAAAAAUUAAAUUAAAUUCAAAAAAUUAUUUCCAAUAAGCUAUUAUAUCUGACAAAAAUCUGAAAGUUAUUAUUUUCUAUUUCAUCAUAUUUUUUAGUCAUUUCUAAGUACAAAUUCUAACAUCUCCUUCUCCUUCUUUUUGUGCAAUUUUUUGAGAUCGAUUUAUUAUGGGUGGAGUUUUUCCGAAAAAAAAAACGACCGUCUAUUUUUUUUUCGUUGUUUCAUCCAUCAUGUUUUUUGCAUUGCCGCCUUUUUUCAUUUCAAUUUUAAUUUUAUUUUCAUUGUGUGCUGACGAAAAACGAAAAGAAAUUAAGAUUUAACCCAUAUACACAUUCUUCUUCGUUUUUCAUUUAGUUUAUUAUUCAAAUGAGUUUUGCAUUUCUCUUUUUGUAUAUCAAAUAAGAAAAGAAAAGAAAAUACUGUAAUGAUCGAACACCUGCUUAAAAUUUUCCACAGCUGCAUCUAUAGAAAUAAAAAACAUUUGUACUCACUCAGUUUUCCCAUUUUUUAUUUUUGUAGGUUUGCGUUCCUAUUUCGCAACAAAAACAAAGUCUUCAACAGUCGGUUUCAACUUCUUCUUCUUCUUCUACUCAACAACAAAUUGCAAUACCUUCUCCAAAAGUUUUAUCAACAAUUGUUCCUCCAAUUAUGGUUCAGCCGCAACCUCCAAAUUCUCAACCAAUUGCUGCAUCACAAGUUAUUCCAGCCACUCCACAAUCUGUUAAUAAUGUACCAGCAGCAAUGGAUUUGGCCGCAGAUCAAAGACAUACUUUUAUGAUUCCACCAACUGAUCCACUUUAUCAUUUUGUUGGUGAGUUUUUGAAAAAUGAAAUCGACAGAAUUGAUUUUUUUGUAAGAUUGUGGAAAUCGAUAAAUUUUGUCUCAAAAAUGAACUACUGUACUUGAAGCAUAAGUUUUUUCAUCACAGUAGUUAAAAAUUUAUUCAGCGAGAUGGCUACAUUUCCUUACUAACUAAAAGCUAUAGUUAUUUUCAACAACGAAAAAUUCGAUUUUUUGCAGUCAGUACAUAUUUGGAAUUCAAAAAUCUAAUCAACAAAGCUCAAGUUGCUGACGCUGAAUUAGUUGCAUCAUUGGUCAAAGAUAUUGAAAAUGAAAAAAAUCGAAACGCUGAACUCGUUGAAAAUAUCAGUUCUGUAAAUCAACAAAUAAGCGAAGCAUUGGGUAAGGGAGUUAUCAAUUUACGUGAAAGGCUAAAUGAAUUGGAUAUGUCAAAUGUAAAUGAAGUAUCUGAAUUAUUAUCAGGAUCAAAACAAAUUGUUGCAAUGCAUAAGAAUUUGACACAAAAAGUUGCAAAUGUUGAAGCAUCUUGUGCUCAAGAAGAACAAAAAAUGAGAGAACAUGGACCGAUUGGAGAAAAAACACUCGAAUUAUAUGAUCGUAAGUUUACAACAGAGGGAGAAAAUUAUAAAGAAAAAUUGUUUUUUUUUUCAGAAAUGAUUUCAAACGAUGAAUUUUGUAUUCAAAAAAUCAGUCAACAAAUCUCAAUCUGGAAAAAUGGAUAUGACGAUUCGGCGCCAAUUUCAGCUCAACCAGUUUCAGAUCCAAAUGUUAUUUCACCAGGACAACAUGUUGCACGAAGAAAUAAACCAAGACAAAGAGCUGGAACAAGUGCAAAACGAAUUGGAUCAGGACCUGGAAAAUCAGAAGAACAAUCGGAAGAAGUUGAAAGAGAAAUACAACAAUUUGUGCAACAUGUUAGUUUUUUUUUGAAUAUUUCUGAAAAAUAUUUUCGUUUUUGAAAUUAAUUUCAAGAAAACAAUAAUAUAUAUUUAGGCAUUAAAAGUUGAUAGUGCAUCAAAAGAAAAAGAAAGACGAGCGAGAGGAAGUGGAAAUGGUGGAAACGGGGAAAAAGUAUCACGAAAAGGUUCUACAAAUCCCCAAGUUCAUGUUGCAAAUUUACCACCAACAGUUGGUCAACAUCUUCAACAACAAAAAGAUGCAUCACUUUUAAGAUCAGGACCAUUAAUACCUUAA